AUGUUUCGUAUUCGUUCAAAAAAACUUCAAAAUUAUUAUUCAGUUCCACGUACUAUACCACAAAUAUGUUAUAGUUAUUGUGAUAAUAAACGACAUAUUUUAUUAUUAAUACUUUUUCUAUUUACAAUUCCAAUAAUUUAUUCAAUCUCUUAUAAAUCGAUUGAAUCACAAAUUAUUGACGAGACUGACAUUUGUUCGAAAUUACUUGAUAUUAUUUAUAAUAGUAAUAAAACUUUAUGUAGUGAAGAAGCUAAUCGUCGUGGCAAUAAACAACGAAUUAUAUCAUUAUCAGUAUUUGGUCCAAAAGAAAAUUCAUUAUUUAUUGAUGAAAAAUUUUCUCAAUUUAUUUCUCCAUUAAUUGAUGAAGCUCGGUUAUUAUUUCCAACAUGGACUAUACGUUUAUACUCUGAUGAAUUAACAAUAGAUAGAUUAAAUUUAAAAAACUUAUCACAAUUAUCAAUGAAUAUUGAUAUAUGUAAUGUUAAUCAAAUACCAGUUGUAGGUAAUGUUGGAGAAUAUUUAUCUGGAAAAUUAUGGAGAUUUUUACCAGCACUUGAUCCAAUGGUUGACUUAUUAUCAUCACGUGAUCUUGAUUCACCAUUAACACAACGUGAACAAGUUUUAAUUGAGCAAUUUAUUAAUUCAUCUUAUUUAUUUUUAACAAUACGUGAUCAUCCGUUCCAUGGAAUUCCUAUACUUGGAGGUUUAUGGUCAAGUGCAUUAUAUAGAAAUCGUUUACUAUUUUUUCGUUUAUUUAGUAUUUUACUUGAUAAAAUUAAAGUUCAACAAUAUUCAUUUGCUAAUGAUCAAACAUUGUUAACAGAAUUAAUAUGGCCAAAAAUUAAACAUCAAGCAUUAGCAUUUGAUUCUUAUACAUGUCAACAAUUUCAAGAAGGAAAUCAAUAUCCUUUUCCAACACAGAGGCCAUCAAGAGAUUGUCAUUUAGGUUGUGUUAGACCUUGUUGUCAAAAUUCAUCAAAAAUUCGUUUAGACAAACCAUGUCCUGCAGAAUGUAGACCGAAAAAUCAUCCAGAUUGGAUUUAUUGUUAA